GUCCUGCUUGCAUCGCUGGUAUCCGCAUCCCCCAGCCCAUCCCAGCCCCGCUCCGGCUCCCCACCCUCCCACGCACCAAGCCCGACAGCCAAGGCGCCCGUCGCAUCAGCCCACAGAUCUAUCCCUGCCACCGCACCUGCAUCGAUUCGCCAUGGACAUUGACAAAAAGCCCGCCGACAACAUGACCAGCAAGGACUACUACUUUGACUCGUAUGCCCACUUUGGCAUCCAUGAGGAGAUGCUCAAGGAUGAGGUCCGCACCAUCAGCUACCGCAACUCGAUCUACCAGAACCCACACCUCUUCAAGGACAAGGUCGUGCUCGACGUCGGCUGCGGCACCAGCAUCCUGUGCAUGUUCGCUGCCAAGGCCGGCGCCAAGCACGUCAUUGGCGUCGACAUGUCCAACAUCAUCGACCAGGCCAGGAUCAUCGUCAAGGAGAACGGCCUCGAGGACAAGAUCACCCUGAUCAAGGGCAAGAUGGAGGAGGUUGUUCUGCCCUUUGACAAGGUCGACAUCAUCAUUUCGGAGUGGAUGGGCUAUGCUCUGCUCUACGAGACCAUGCUCAACACGGUCCUGUAUGCUCGCGACAAGUAUCUCGCUCCCGGCGGCCUCAUCUUCCCCGACAAGGCCACCAUGUACCUCUCAGCCAUCGAGGACGGCGACUACAAGGAGGAGAAGAUUGAGUUCUGGAACAAUGUCUACGGCUUCAACAUGUCGCACAUCCGCAACCUGGCCCUCAAGGAGCCCCUCGUCGACACCGUCGAUGCCAAGGCCGUGUCCACAACUGCCUUCCCCUUCAAGCACAUUGACCUCUACACCGUCAAGAUCGAGGAUCUCACCUUUGAUGCGCCCUUCAAGAUCACCGCCCAGCGGGACGACUACAUUCACGCCUUUAUCUGCUACUUUGACAUUGAGUUCAGCGCCUGCCACAAGCCCAUCAAGUUUUCCACGGGUCCCCACGCCAAGUACACCCACUGGAAGCAGACCGUCUUUUAUCUCCAAGACGCUCUGACUGUCAAGAAGGGCGAGAUCGUCACUGGUUCGUUUUCGCUCAAGCCCAACGUCAAGAAUGAGCGGGAUCUCGAUAUCAUCCUCCGCUACCAGUUCAAGGGACAGUACGGAAGCAUCGACACUGUCCACGAAUACAAGAUGUGCUGAGCGACUCGGCUCGCUCUUGGACCUGGAUGAAGAGGGCUAGGGGCGGACUAGCGAGUGAGCGGGGCGACGGGAAUGACUGACGUUGGGAGGGGGGACACGGAGGGUGCUGCUUCUCUCAUGGGGGUUUAUGCGAGCCGAAAGUGAGACACGAUGGGAAGCAGCAAAGUGAAUGAAUGCAGCCAUCCCGAGGCUAGUGUUGUUCCCUUGUUUGUUUGUUUGUUUUUUGUUCUACGGGCAGCCUCGGUAACCGCCUUGGGUUGCGCGGGAUUGGAUGCCGCAUUUGCCCGAUCUCCUCGUUUCGUCACAAUACACGCAUAGAUAUCAUUUGCUGUGGUCACCAGAUGUGAGGUUGGGAGAUGACACUUGCAAAUUACAGGC